GCUUUCAAAAUUAUUAUUGAUUUUCUUUAAAACAGAGUGUCAUGGACCGCCGUCAGUACCACGCGCUCAACCCCAGUUCGACGUGAACUCUCCUCCAAACGCCACAGGAGCGGUACUGGAGUACACGUGUGAUGCUGGGUACUCACCACAGGGUAGUGUCAGGUGUCAGGCUGACGGCACGUGGACUCAGAUGUCGUGUACUGAAGACUGCCCUAGUCCUCCUCUCGUACCGAAUAGUAAUCAACUAUUUAACGCAUCAACCGUCGCCAGAUCUCAGGGUACGUCCUUACAGUAUGCAUGCCAGACAGGGUUUGUACCUGAAAAUGAUCUUACAACUAUCACCUGUCAAGAAAACUCCACCUGGACAAACAUAGUUUGUAAACGGUCAGACUGCCCCAGUCCUCCUGUCAUAGUAAACAGCAAUGAACAGUUUGUCCGAUCAACAGCUUCUACAGUAUACGGAGCUACUUUACAGUAUGGAUGUAAAUCAGGGUUUGUCGCUGAAAAUGGUGUCACAACCGUCACCUGUGGUGAAGGCGGCUUAUGGACAAGCAUGGUUUGUAAACCUCUCCGAUCAUGUUCUGAAGUGAAGGCGUGUAACAGUCAGUACGGAGACGGUGAAUACUGGAUUUACCCAGCGCCUUAUGGAACUACAAAAGUGAAAAUCUACUGUCGAGAUAUGAACAGCAGCUCACCCACCGAGUUUGUGACCCUGAAUGUGGAAAACGUAGGAUACAGCCCCCGCUUGGCCAACCCACAUUGUCAGACAGAGGCAUAUCAUAACUGUACUCAGGGUGGAGGGAAGACACACUACUCUAAAAUUCGAGUCCGUAUUCAGACAAUGCAAGUGAACCGAAGAGACAAGACAUUUGCAAAGACAUAUUUUGGCAACCCGCUUAAUUACGGUCAAGCGGCAGAUUGUUAUACAUCACAUUUGAAUGGCACCAGAGCCACCUGUGGGCCAAAAGGAACAUUUAAUAUAGACACGACAGGAACCGGGCUGGUUGUCGAUAAAAUGCUGACGUUUCCUGUGACGGGUUGGAGGCCAUGGGGUCAGGUGGUCCGUAACGCGGAUGGGACAACAAUCGACUUACUGUGUGGAGGACGGAGAGGUCGUUGUGCACCUAGUGGACCGAUGAUUUUAAAACUCGGACCAACUGGUAAUAGUCCUCGGUUAUCUACCUUUAUUGAGACACUUUUAAUGACUACGAUUGCAUUUUGAAAUUUAAAGUUUAUUUUGUUUAACGAGACCACUUGAGAACAUUGAUUUAUUAAUCAUCGGCUAUUGGAUGUCACACAUUUGGUAAUUGACAUAUAGUCUUAGAGAAGAAACCCGCUACUUUUGUUAUUAGUAGCUAGGGAUCUUUUAUAUGCACUAUCACAUAUUCAUGAUAGCACAUACCUCGGUCUAUGACAUACUAGUCGUAUAGCACAGGCUGUAACGAAAAAUAGCCUCCAGGCCCACUGAUGGGGAUCGAUCUUAGACUGACCAUUCAUCAAGUGAGCGUGUUACCACUGGGCUACGACCGGCAAAGUUGAUGACUACGAUUGCAUAUUGAAUACAUUUCGUGUUUAUAUCAUCAGUGUCUGUAUUGUGUAUGAUCGUCUUCCGGUCUGUAGUAACUCAAACAUCAUUUUAUUUCACAAUGUAUUUUUUAGUUGUUGUACGUAUGGAAUUAUGGUGCGGUUAAAAUCCUGUUUAAACAAUAACAAAUCCUUCCUACUCUUGACUUGUGCAGAGAUAACUGAAUACGGUUUUGUCCUUCAGAUUAGAACA